AUGCAAUCUGAUUGCUUACUUCAUUGUCGAACUUCACUUGAGUAUCAAAAUCGUCUUACUGGCUUAUCCACCAGUUGUGCCCCUUCACCACGUACAGUUGCUCGUUCAUCAUCAUCGUCGUUAUUAAGAAAAGGCGGUAGGAAUACAUAUAAUCGAUAUCAUGCAAAUGGUUCCAAUAAUAGUGCUGGAAUCAAUUCGUCAGAUGAGGGAUUCGAUAGAUUAUUUUACAAACCUCGUCGUAGUCAACCAGUUGUACAUCCAGCAAGUGAAAUACCAUUUUGUGAAAAUUGUCGUGCUAUGGAUGAAGAAAUGUCAAGAGAAUCUGAUUCAGUGACUGGAUCACCUGUAAAUAAUGAUAAUAAUAAUCAUCUACCUGAAGAAAUGAUUCAUGAUGAUGAAGAAGAAUCAAGAUCAUGGGUUAUGCGAAUGCCUGUUGGUCCAUGGUGGUGUGAAGAUUGUCAAGAGUCAGUGACAUCAAGUAAUUUAACUAUAUCACAAUUAUUUGCUAUUUUACGACAAUGGACACCUUAUGCACAGUUACAAUUAAUUACAAUAGUUGAAGAGAUAUUUAGACGUGGUGCUCAUGUUGAUGAUCGUGACGGUUUAAGUGACAUGACUUUAUUACAUUUUACUGCAAAAUCCGGUGCAUUAGGCGAUGAACAAGCUUCGUGUCGUAUUGCUAAUUAUUUAUUAGAUGAAGGUGCUAAUCUCGAAGCUCGUUGUAAAUGGACUGAUAUGACACCGUUACAUUAUGCAGCUUAUUUUGAUUGUCCAUUAUUAGCUGAUUUAUUAAUAAAUCGUGGUGCAUGUAUAUCAGCUAGAACAUGUUUGAUUGAUCAUUCUACACCGUUACAUUUAGCUGCUAGUCAAUUAUCAUUAGGUACUGCACGUAUAUUAAUACAAGCAGCUGAUUUUUCUGUUACAAAAACUGGACAACGAUAUGAUGCUAAAGAUGCAAAAGAUGGUUAUGGACGUACACCAUAUGAAUGUCUACCGCCUUCAGGUCAACUUCCAGAACCUUUGUGUACACUACGAGAUUUAUUGGCUGAAUUACUUCGUCCAACAUCUCCACAACAAACUGAAGAUAUUGACAUUGAAAAAAGAAUUAUUCAAGCCACUUCAAAUGAUUAUUCAACAAAUUAUCGAAAUGAACAUAUUACUAACAAUUAUGUGAAUAAUCAAAGUUUACCAACUGAGAAUUCUCAUUCACAACAAUCUACAUGUAGUGGAGUUGAUUGGUUAGUUGCUGAAUCUGGUUUUUUAUCACCUCGUACUAAACGUUCACCAACCAAUAUUCAACAACAACCAAAUAUUAAUAAUGAUACGAAAAGUCCUACAACAAGUCAAUCAAAGAAAUUUACCGUCUCUGCAAAAGUCACUCUACAAUCUAUGGGUUUAGCUUUAGGCGAUCGUGUUUGUAUUGCACCAGGUAAUUCCACACCAUCAUCAUCAUCAUCAUCAUCAGCUAUACCCAUCAGUGGUAAGAAUCAGUCACCGUUAACAACGACAGGUGUUUCUGGUAGAAUUGGUAAACUACGUUAUUGUGGAUCAGUUUCAUUUGGUUCCGGUAUAUGGGUUGGUGUGGAGUUAGAUGAACCAGUUGGUAGAAAUAAUGGUAGUGUAGCAGGAAUUCAAUAUUUCUCUUGUCCUAAUCAACAUGGUAUAUUUGCUCCAAUUGGACGAGUUUAUAAAACUGUAAAUAUUGAUGGUAAACAAAAUUGGCAUCCAGUUACUUCAUCUACCAAUACUACUAAUUCUACUAUUGUUAAUAGACGUUCUAAUAAUUCAUUGAAUACAUCAAUUACUUCUAAGAAGUUGAACAAUUUAAAAGAAGACAAUCGUAGUAAUAGUAGUAGUAAUAGUAGUGGUAGUACAAGUGGUAAUAAUACACCUAAAAAACGUUUACCUUCAUCAAGAUCCAGUUAUGCGAUUAGUUCAACAACAAUAACAUCAAUACCGGUGUCAACAGAUACUUCACUAAUAGAUCAUCGUAAACAUCCGACAACUGUAUCAUCACAAUUAAGUCGUACACCAACACCACCGUCAACUAUACAAUCACCUGGUAAUUUUUCACAUGUUACAGCAAAAAUUGAUACUGGUAAGUGAAAAGUUAAUAAGAAAUGAAUUCUAUGUAUCAUUACUUAAUUAUAUUUAUUUUAAAUCACAACAACCAUUGACAACCAUAAAGAGCUGGUUAUCCGAUUUUUCCUCAUAUGAUACUACUCAGUAAUACACCUUCAUAACCAUAGCUAGAAGUUGGGCCCGAGGAUCUUCGAUCUGACGUACGUAUGCUUAGGCUAUAGACCAACAAACCGAUAUUCAAUGGUGUACAAGUUUUACUUCUAUCAAUCCAUAAUAAUACAUGACUCUCUCCCAUUGUCUUUUGUGGAUGACUUCCUCAUACCAAACAUGGUUGGACUCCACUAAACACGACUCCUAAC